AUGCGGAGCCCCUUUUUCUCGCGGCCUCCGCCGUUACUGCUGCUGCUGCUGCUGGUGUUGCUGUCGCCUUGGCCAGUCUGGGCCCAAGCGCCAGCCACAACCUUCCCCUCGGGGCCCGGGGGCGACCCGGAAUGCCCCGAGGCAUGCGCUUGCGCGCCGGGCGGCCAGGCUAACUGCUCAGCCCUCGCGCUGCCCGCUGUGCCUGCCGGCCUGAGCUGGCGCGUGAGCGCGCUGCUGCUGGACCACAACUGCUUGAGUGCGCUGCCUCCCGGUGCCUUCGCGGGCGCGGGCGCGCUACUGCGCCUGGACCUGCGCGAGAACGGGCUGCGCUCCGUGCACAUGCGGGCCUUCUGGGGCCUGGGCGCGUUGCAGCAUCUUGACCUGAGCGCCAACCAGCUGGAAGUGCUGGCGCCCGGCACCUUUGCGCCGCUGCGCGCGCUGCGCACCCUUUCGCUAGCUGGCAACCGGCUGGCGCGUCUAGAGCCCGCGGCGCUGAGCGCGCUCCCGCUGCUGCGCGCACUCAAUCUGCAGGACAACGCGCUGACGGCGCUCACGCCUGGCCUGCUGGCCGGCCUGCCCGCCCUCGACUCGCUGCGCCUGCGCGGCAACCCCUGGGCCUGCAGCUGCGCCCUGCGCCCGCUGUGCACCUGGCUGCGCCGGCACCCGCCGCCAGCGGCAGAGGCCGAGACGCUGCUCUGCACAUCGCCGAGGCGCCUGAGGCUCAGCCGCCUGACUGCCUUCCCCGACGCCGCGUUCAGCCACUGCGCGAAGCCGCUCGCCUCGCGGGACCUGGCCGUGGUCUACGUGCUCGGGCCUGCGUCUUUCCUCGCCAGCCUGGCCGCCUGCCUGGUGCUGGGCUCGGUCAUCACCGCCUGCCGUGCGCGCCGCCGCCGCCGCACUGCUGCCCGCCGGCCGCCAAGGAGACCGCCGGACCCCGACCCCGACCUCGACGGCUCUGCCUCUCCCGCGGACCCUGCGAGUCCCGCUGCCGCCGCUGCCCAAGCCUGA